GAUGCAGGUGUUCGUGGUGUUCCUGGUUGCCGUGGUCACCGCUGUGGCUGCAGCCUCCUCGUUUUUGAAGGACCCCGCGCUCGAGGACCCCUGGCAGGAGUGGAAGGGGCUGCACGGGAAGCAGUAUUCAGAGGAGACCGAGAGCUACAAGAGGAUGGUUUGGGAAGACAACUGGCGUUUCAUCGAGCAGCACAACCAGGAGCACGCUGCAGGGAAACACUCCUACAAGCUGGGGACGAACCACUUCGGAGAUCUGACCGACCAGGAGUUCAAUAAGAUGAAUGGUUUCCGCCCGGAUCCUGCCCUGAGGAAGCUGCCUGUGUUUAACUCGACCGGCAGCCCUGUGCCUCCAACAUCGAUUGACUGGCGAGACAAAGGUUACGUCACCCGUGUGAAGGACCAGGGGGCAUGUGCCUCCUGCUGGGCCUUUUCUGCUACGGGAGCCCUUGAGGGACAACAUUUCAAGAAGACACGCCAGCUGGUGUCACUGAGUGAACAGAACCUGGUGGACUGCACCAAUAACGAAGAGUAUGGGAACAGUGGUUGUAAUAACGGAUUCAUGAACACAUCCUUUGAAUAUGUGAAGAAAAACGGGAUUGCCUCUGAGGAAAGCUACCCCUACCGUGCCAAGGACGGGACAUGCAACACCAAUGCUCGUAAAGUAGCCCACUGUUCUAGCUAUACUGCAGUGAAGAAGAACGAACGAGCUCUGCAGGAUGCUGUGGCCAGCAUUGGACCUGUCUCUGUGGCUAUCGAUGCUUCUCACUGUUCUUUCCAGUUCUACAAGUCAGGCAUUUACUAUGAGCCUGAAUGCACAAGCAAUGCUAACCACGCAGUCCUGGUUGUGGCGUAUGGAGAUUCUGAUGGGAAAAAAUUCUGGAUUUUGAAAAACAGCCACGGAGAGGACUGGGGUGAAGAUGGAUAUAUGCGACUGGCAAAGGAUAUGGGAAACCACUGUGGGAUAGCCAACGAUGGUGUGUAUCCUGUCGUCUGA